GCCCUUUCAGAUGCGAUAGUGCUUCUGGGUCUGUCUUACACUGCGGUCUCUACAAUAAAAACCGCUACCCCUUUCAAUGGAGUUCAGGAGGAUGUUCCGCCAGGAUUUUUAAUUUAAGAAACUGUUGAAGUAGCUGAACAGUUUCCGAUGGUGGCCCUGAACAAUCUGCGAUUUUAUUUAUUUGGGUUUAAAUCGCCACCGUUUUCCUCUCUUCCUCAGCAGUAUCAUGGAAACGUGUUCUGUGAUACAGAAAUCCCGUCUUGUGCUGCUCGCGCUUCUCCUGAUUGUUUUCAAUGCACUCUGUGCAGCUCGAUCGUUUACUGCAAGCACAGACACAGAUCAUACAGCAAUGACGGAGUCUUACUUGCCCUUCAACGUUACCAAUUUGGAGGAGAUCACCGCCCUGCCCACGGAGUUUGUGAACACCGCGUCGUCCUCCACCAGGGGUGCCGUCACGGAGUGGGAAAAUUCUGCAUCGACCGAAAUCAGAGACCCCCUCCUCGGCUUCUCAGAGGAACAACAGCCGCCGACUGAAGCCAAUUCGGCUACUGAGGUGAAUGCAAGCACGGGGACCUCCGUGGAUACAGAGAGCUGGGAUUCACCUGCCCUGACAGAUGGCGCAUACACGUCCUCCACCAUCAGCCGAGCUGGGGAAAGGACUCUACUGUCAGUCACCACCAACAGCACCGCCCCAUAUACUGACAACUCCUCCCCUUACUCCGAAACCUCCCCGUAUUCUAAAAACACUUCCUCUUAUUCCAAAAACACUUCCCCGUAUUCAGACAAUUCCUCCCCAUAUUCUGAUUUGUCCUCUCCAUAUUCUGACAAUUCCUCCCAUUCUGAAAACACUUCCUCUUAUUCUGAAAACACCUCCCCCUUUUCUGAAAACUCCACCCCGUACUCUGAGGAGUUUAACUCCUCCCAGGCCUACUCUCAGGGGUUCACUCAGGAGGGGCGAUCAGAGAGCACAGUGAACGGGGUCUCCACCGACGGGGCCACGUCACCUGGGUUCGACCAAUCAGAUGCCCCCUCUGGCUCUUUCUCCUCCCACUUCCCCACCAACAGCUCCCGGAGCGCUCAUUCUGAAACAGGCUUGCCCUCCGACAUCUCUGAGCCGUCCACCGGCACCGAGCCGGACAGCACCCCAAAUUCGACACCCCCCCUUACUAUCACAGACAGAGGGGGCGGGGAUGGUGCGGACACCACGCAUUUCGGCCACACCUCCCGUGCUGGGACGUACCAGUCGGAGACAGGGUAUCCCUCGUCCUCUGAGCCGUCUGUCCCUUCUACGGAAGACAACGCCCCCAACACAUCCAGGCCAGGGAAGGAGAGCGCGAUCACGUCAGUCAGCGCCGCUGGGACCACCACUGAAUCCUCCACUGGGGCUUUCCGCCCACCAGCCCAGGACCACACCCAGGACCACACCCAGGACACACAGCCUCACACUCAGGAGGAUGACCCAGAUCAGGCCUUCUCAACGGUGGCCCCCGAGGGCGACGACACUACUACAGUCAUCUACAGCCCCUCGACUGUGUUCCCCUUCACCCCUGAGACGGAGCGGCCCGCUAUGACCACAGAGGUCCUGGCAACCACCCUGACGACUUCUACAGAAAGGACACAGUUUGCCGAGGGAGACACCUUUCAAACCACAACCAGCGCCUCUGCCACUAUGCCGGGCUCCACCACGACCCCGUACCGGCCCGGCACCUCUGCCGAGCCCUCGACUCCACCCACCGCCACCGCCACCACCACCACCACCACCACCACCGCCGCCACCACAGCCUUCCCCUGGACCACCCUAGAGCCCCAGGCCUCACCGUCCACCGCCCAGUACCUCCCCCCCUCCCAUACCGCCGGGACUGUUUCCCACACCUCCGCUGCCACCAGCCCCAUCUCCACCGACGUCAGCACCCUGCACCUGGAGACCAGCACGGCCACGCCCGGCAACGCCACGCGCCGGGCCGGACACACCACGGCCUCCUACAGCAACACUGCCCGCAGCAGGACCGUGCCUGCGCACACGACCGGGAACCACACUGACCGAGCCUCGACCACGUUCCAAGCCACCACUGUGCAGAUGCACGUCAGACCAACGGUCAUGCCAGAGAGUCCGUGCGACUCGAACCUUUGCAGGAAUGGAGGGACGUGUAUGUUGGAAGGUGGCAAAGGUCACAGAUGUGUGUGCUUGCCGUCUUGGACUGGACCAGACUGUAGUGAAGACAUGGACGAGUGCGUGAGCGCCCCCUGUCCCGUGGGCUCCAAGUGCGUGAACACGCGGGGCUCCUUCGGCUGCGUGUGCCCGCUGGGGUCUGACCUGGAGCACGGGCGAGCCUGCACGCGGGCGAGGACGUUUCUGGGCACUUUCCACCUCAGCAAUGUGCCGUUCAACUCCACACACCCCAGGAGCUUUGGCCUCCAUGAGCUGCAGAGAGAGAUCAUUCAGCUGCUCAACGCUUCACUUUCCGUUUUGAAGGGCUACAGUCGAUCCACACUGAAUAAAAGCGAAGGGGAUGGGGUGCAGAUCUCAGCCGUGCACACGUUCGCCAUGUCGGCCGACGUGACCAGCGAGCUCGUGACGAAGAACAUCGAGGCGUUCCUGGAGAGCUGCAGCCAGGCUGUGGGGCACUGCAAGGUGGCUCUGCAUCACUCUCUGUUCUACAAAGCUGAGAGCCUCUGUAUUGCGAUGGGGACCCAGUGUGACCCAGAGCGAACCAACUGCACUGAUGCUGAUGGCACCACUUCCUGCCAGUGUCACGCCGGAUACUUCAAACACAGCAUUGAAGACCUGACCUGCAGAGAAUGUGAGGACGGCUUUAAACUGGAAAAUGGCACCUGUGUUCGGUGUAUGUUCGGAUUUGGAGGGUUUAACUGUGGACAGUUUUAUAAGCUGAUCACAGUGGUGGUGUCCCCUGCUGGUGGAGUCCUGCUCUUGAUCCUCAUCAUCGCCCUGAUCGUCACAUGCUGCAGGAAAGACAAAAAUGAUAUCAGCAAAAUUAUUUUCAAGAGCGGAGAUUUUCAGUUGUCUCCGUAUGCUGAGUAUCCCAAGAAUAAUCGAGUAUCGAUGGAGUGGGGGAGGGAAACUAUCGAGAUGCAGGAGAAUGGGAGUACCAAAAACCUUCUGCAGAUGACUGACAUCUAUUACUCACCUGCGCUGCGUAACCCGGAGCUGGAGCGGAGUGGGCUGUACCCGUUCUCUGGAAUGCCAGGCUCCCGCCACUCCUGCAUCUACCCCGCCCAGUGGAACCCCUCCUUUAUCAGCGAUGACACACGGCGGAGGGACUACUUUUAACCAGUGGGAGGAGUCAGUGAGACUCAGUCAGGUGACAGACUGUUAUGGAUCACUAGUCGGGUAUAUGGUGUGGUUGCGGUCACUUCCUGUUUGAAACUGACAAAAUGUGUGCUGGACAGACCACUAAAUGGCAAAUGAAUGUGAACUUUUUAUAUACGUGUAUAUAUAUAUAUAUAUAUAUUGUUUCUUGGAGAGGGCUUCCAGAUUUUGCGACUGGCUGAAAAUAGAUUAACCUGUCAAAGAAAUCAAAUUCUAAUAUUUAGUGCUGUGACGGAAUGUUCAUAGAACCUUCCGGCCUUUUCCCUGCCUCUGUUACAAAUGAACCGAGGACUUUCAACAAGUGUUAUAUUUAUGACUAUUUUAUGAUUAAGUUUUUUUUGCAGAAAAUAAUGUAUACUGGCAAUAUGUAGGGUGAUGCAGUAUGCAUGUAAACACCAACAGGUUUGCACUUGAACCAUUGAAAUUGCAGGUUUGAUCAUCAUUGAUGACCAAAGUUGUAAUAUGCCCUAAAUUGUUUCUUUUAGGUUUGGGAAUGCAUGUUAUGAUUUUACAGGAGUGGAUGCAAGUUUUCUUUAAGCAUGUUGUGGAAAUUGCUUGUGUGUGUCUGUGUGUGUGUGUAUACAUGUGCCUGUGUGGCAGAUUAUUUUAUUGUAGAAUAGAGAAAGUAUUCAAUUUUACAGUAUUUUGCUACAUGUGUUUUUUAGUCCAUAGAAAAUUACACUAGGAACACUAGAUCCCUUGAAGGUGAUAUUUGACAGAGUUCAUUCUCAUUAAAUUUUUCCUGAAAAAAAAAAUGUCUUUGCAAAAUUGGAAUGGAAAUCUACAAACAUUCUUUUAAAAUCCUUCAAUCAAGCAAAUUAGAUUUGAACUGAAAAAAAUGUGAUCUCUGGAAAAAUUGAAAAAAGAUGACAUUGUAUUUUGUAGUUUUCUUAAGAACAAGUUUUUGUAAAGAAACCCUGGAGAAGGUAUUUCAUUUGACAUACCAUGAUCAAACUGACGGAACAGCACUUAGAGUAUUUAAAGUUUUGUACUUCCAAUCAAGCACAUGAGGCUUUCUCACACAACAAUGCUGUAAUCGUUUUUACCACACUGAGAUGCAUUGGCAUUGGAUAACUUUUAUUCUGUAAUUUAAGAAGCUUUUAAUUCUUUAUUAGUCAUCAGUCAAGAAUAAUUUCCGCUGAGAAAUGUAAACAUUUUUUGCCUGUUAUUCCAAGUGGAUACUGGUGUUCCCCAAAGACCACUGUUCACAACAAAUGUGUCACCUGCCUGUCAGAAUGCAGCAAGAUAAUUUGAAGACCUUGUAUUUUUGUACAUGGUUUGUUUGUGCCAAGUAUCACACAAAUGUUUUUUAUAUGAGAUGUACUAUAUUUUUAACUAGUCUUUCUAGUCUCAAAACCUUACUUUUUCCAUCCUUUUAAUAUGAAUUGUCCUUCAAUUCUGGCGUUGUAGUCAGACAUACAUAUUGCAAGAAUAAAAGAUGAACCCUUUGCAA